UUUUCAUCUUUUCUUUUCAGGAAACGAAAACCCACCCGUAUCCUGAAAAACACUUAUGAUUAUAUUGAUAGCAGACAUUUCAGUUGUCGACAGUUUGUCAAUGCCAUUCCAGUUGUUUAGCUGAAUUGCAAGUAACCUUUUAUUAAAUGUUUGUGUUUUUAAAGACACAGACACUGAUCAGGACCAUAUUCAAGAACGUAAUUUAGAUUAAGAUCCCGGCUACCAAUAUUUUAAAAGGCAGUAAGAGGCUUUAUUAAAUGGUAAUUCAGAAUUCUGAAAUCUUUAUCAAAAGUUCAGCUGAAGACAUUAAAUGACAUCAUGUUAUAUUAUGUUUGACAAAGAUUGCAUUUACAGUUGAAGAUGACUUCAGUUUGUAAUUAUAUCUACUAAAUUAUUGCCAAAAAAUGCCCAUAAUUGUGUAAAGGCUACAAUACAAAAGAGGAGUAAUAGUAACACUUCAUAAGGACUAAAAUAAAGGUUACAAUGCAGAGAUGCACUAGUACUUCACGAGGACUACUUCAGUUUUUCAGACCUGUAGACGUCCACAUGUGGAGACGAGGUUUAAUAUUACAUUUGCACACCUGUAAAUGUGUGAACAGGCAACAACUUGGACAAAAGAUACAGGUAAAAUAUUUACCUUUUGUUCAGAAACCCUCAUCUGUGAUUUCUGUGUCACACCUACAGAAUUCUGGAUCCACGGGAUCACAUAGAAGUGGGCGUGUCGACUCAUUACAGAUUCAGACUCGUGGGUUCACUUCAGUAUCCCUGAAAGAAAAUCUUCUGAGGUCUGUUAAGAAAAGGAGACAAGAUCCUAUAAAGGUAGCUCAGAUCUUGUUUAAGGAGAUCAGAGAGCGGCAUCAAGGUCAGGGCAGCUUAGGUCAAGGUCAUGUGUCAGGUCAAGGUCAUGUGCCAGGUCAAGGUGGAGCAGUCAGCAAAAUUAAUGUAGCUGAGUUAUUUGAGGCACCAGACAGCAGCAGUGAUUUGAAUAGAAGUAAUUUAGUAGUUCCGUCUACGCAAGUUGAUGUUUUUGAGACCAUGAGCAGUACCAGUUUAUAUAAAAUGUUACAAAAUAUUCAUCUUCGGCAAAAUAAAAAAAUCCAUGGGUACAAUAAGACCAUUUCGGUGAUUAGAAAUAUUUUGAGUAAAAGAAUUGAAACAGACGGAUUAACGAUGUCGUUAGAUGUUGCGGACGUCUUGUUUGUGAUGGGUGCCAACUGUCGCCAGUUUGUCAGUGCCAUGUUUGACUAUGUAACAGUGAAAUUUGAUGACCUGGAGAUGACCUCUGACCUAAUUACCCGACUCAUGUUUUACGUCUUCCUUCAUGGCAGUGCUCCGCCCCUCCUCUACCCAAAAGUUGAAGAAUUCCUGAGUGAUCACGUACGUGACUUUCACAUCGGCGAUAUCAGUGUGAUUUGUCUUGGAUUCUUUCGCUCAAAUCGCCGAAUUGAAUCAACUGUACUGCUAGAGAAAAUGGCCAGCAGGCUGUUAACCGAUAUUGAACGUGUUGGUCAACACGGUAUCGUGAACAUUUUGAAAGCUUUCCGACAUUCAGGUUAUAACAAUAUUACAUUUCUUGAAAAUUUAGCCGACACUCUUAUUAGCAAGAACAUUUUAGAGAACUGUUCCAACAUAAAUCUUCUUAUGCACAUAGUCUCAACUUACGCCAGCUUGUCAGUAUUUCACAGCGAUCUGUUGGAAGUGAUUCUAAAACAUUUUGUAAAUAUCGUGUGCCAGACUGAUAAGUCACCUGCGAGUGAGGUUCGGUCCAAAGACUUGGCAAAGUUCAUCUGGGCAUAUGGAGUGUUUGUGUUUGAGCCGGUGAAGCACAGGGACUCGUACCUGAAGCUUGUGGUGGUGUACAGGGACAGAGUGACCAGGGAAGACUUGGUGUAUCCGGAGUCGCUGGCCGAUAUGCUGCAGGGUCUGAUGUAUCUACAGAUCUUCCCGCAGGAUCUCAUUGCAAAGAUGUUCAACAUGCAGACUGCUGUGGCACUCAGAGAUGAUGAAGUGAUGAGGAAGGCCAUUCAGCUGUUGAUGAUUCACAACGCUGUCAUCAUCGAAUGUCCCCUGUACUCCGGACCAACACUAAAACAGAGUUUUAUUGACACACUGUCAAAUAUUGACGAAGUGAAGAAGAGUCUGGAUUUUGAGUUCUCGAUGAGGCGGGGUUUGGCUAAGGUGCGCAACACACUGAAGGAGAUGUUUGGAGAAGACUGUGUGCACUGCCAUUUCAUUUUAUCACAGUUCAGAAGUGCUGACAUUGAGCUCCGUUUCAACAGGGACAAAGAAGCAGUGAAGUUUGAACCUGAAGAGUUCAACAGUAACUGGCUUACUGAAAAUAAAACUGACAUCAGAGUUGCUGUUGAGGUUGCGGGCCUCAACCAGUUUUGUACAAAGAGCUCCAGAAUGAAGGGGAACUACGACACCAAGUUGAGACAACUCCGGCUGCUGGGCUAUCACGUGGUGCUGGUGAGUUCACUACAUUCAGACUUCAUAAGGUCAUGGAAAUCCAGGACAGUCAUGGAAUGUGCAAAAUGUAAUUUUUCCAGGCCUAGAAAGUCAUAUCACACCACAUCAGAUGGAUAACUUCAGAAAAAUGACUAGCGAAGAAAGGAAACAGUUUUUAACACAGUGCCUCAGGGAUGUUUGGAAUCAGUCUUAAAACACUAACAUGUAAUGUCAUGUUUUUACAUGAUAAAUAAAUAACUGUAAUAUUUGCCACAAA